GUGACCUGUUAGCGGUACUGGCAGCUAUUGCGCAUGCGCUCCCGAGACGUUCUCCUGCGCAUGUGCGGACAUUUGCAGCCUGUUUGCAGACCCUGACAACCAGCGGUGGAGAGAUCAGGGUAAGGUCGAAAAUGGCAGGCCAGGGGACUGCUUAUCCAUCAUGUGUGGCGGCUGAACGUUCUGGAACCUAGAGUGUAUAAAGAAUAGAAUCCUGUGAUCUUUAUGUGGGUUUUAAUAUUCCAGCAUUCCACAGCCUAACACUUCCUCCAGCCUGGUAACAUGUCCUGGGGCACUGCACACACACACCUUCAUUCUAGAUCUGAGAUCUGGACCUGUUUAGGGGGGACAGUCCCUAUUUGGGGCCCAAAAUCCCUCUUUCCCUCAUUUCUGUUCAAAUGUCCCUCUUUUAUAGGAGCUUCAUAUUGUUUGUGUGUCUGAGUGUAUAACAGAGCUCCCCUGCAAUAAUACUCCCAGUAAUGUGUCUUUAAAGGGAUACAAUUCCUGGCAUUAUAGCGCUCUCUGCCUCACACCUUCCCACCCCCACCACCAUUACUAAAUGGUUAAAAACCCUUUACUCCCCUGAUCCCAAAGCUGAUGUCCCUUGUUGCUUUAGACCUCCAGAUAGGAAAGCGUUGAAAAAUCUGACACUGGAUGUCUCCAUGCAGAGUGUGAGGAAGUCCAGCGUGGACCGGACCGGACCAGACCAAAGGUUCGUUAGGAUCCAAGAAGUGUCAUUCCUUUUAGUAUGUCCCCCUCCAAUGACUUCCACAAGAGGCUGUUUUAGUGCUGCAAUGUAAACAUUGUAGUUUAUCUGGAACUGCUAUUUUUAACAUUGCAGCACUAAAGCAAUAGGGACACUGUACCCUGACCGCUUCAAUGAGCUGAAGUGGUCUGUGUGCCUAUAGUGUACCUUUUUAAAGGAGCAUUAUAAUAUCAGGAACACCAAACGGUAUUCUAAAAGUUAUAGUGUACCUCUGCCAUGAAGUUAUUGUGUGUGUCCAUCUCGCUCUCCGUUUAAAACCCCAUUUAAACACUCUGACGGCGGCAAUGGGGAUAACCUAAUGCGUAUAAUCUGCGAGUGCCGAGCGCACUCUAGGUCUUCCCCAUAGGAAAGCAUUCAAUCAGUACUUUCCUAUGGGGGAUUUGAAGACACUGGACAUCCUCAUGCUUUGUGGAUGCUGAGUUGUUUACUGUGGAAAGCCAGGAAGCGCCUCUAGUGGCUGUCUGGGACACAGUCACUAGAGGCAGUCUUAACCCUAAAACUGCAAUAAUUUACAUUGCAGGGUUAAGGAGACAGGAACAGUGCACCCACACCACUUUAAUAAAAUUAAGUGGUCUGGGUGCCUAUAGUGUCCUUUUAAGCUAAAGUUGUUUAGGUGACUGCAGUGUUCCUUUAAGGUCAGAGCAGCCAAACUGAAAGCAUAACUGAAUAAGAGUCUUUUGUUUUGUUUUUUUUCAACUAUUUUCACCUUGGAUUUUAAAUUCACUUAGAAUUCUCACUAACCCUUUAAGUUUUACAGUUUAGAAUAAAUAACUCUGGCUGUCUCCUCCCGUAGUAUAUGGUAAGUGCUGGUAGUUUGUCGGGGUGCUCUGUGUUUUGUCCCUCUCCUGGCUUAGUUUUCUGAAGGUUAGUGAGAUAAUAGUGGCCCAGGUGGGGUUAAACUCCCUGGUGCUCAGUGGGAGACCUUGAUCUCAAUUUUGCUAUUUGGAGUUAAUUUGCUAUUAAAAUUAGAUUGUAUAGAAGGGAAACGUUUUAGGUUAAAGAACUGCUUCUUUGAGAUUUUUUCAGAACUCAAAUUAAACGACCACUAAAGUCACCCAGGCCACUUGAUCUGAAUGAAGUGGCUGUGCUGCAAUGGUCGUGUCUUUUUGCCUCUUACGGCCACUAGAGGUGCUUCCGCAGCACUCAAGGAAUAAAUAAAUAAUAAAAACGUGGUUACAUAACGUUAAAGCUCUAUUAGAAUGCUUUCACAUCAGGUCCCCACUGCUCCUCUAUGAGGACCAUUGGAUUGGACCAAUGAUGAAGGAGGCAAUGCGUUGCAGAGAGUCGAGCAGCAUUGAGGGAAUCUCAGCUCUGGAAAAAGGUAAGUUAAAAGCUUUUUUUUUUUAAUUAUUUUUAGAACACUUAGCGGUUUCCUUACCUGAGUUUCAGUUGCUAUUCUUCCCCUCCUGUUCUCACGGGGGAAGUUCCUCUAAUGGCUGUCAGGAAGACAUCCACUAGAGCAGAGGUUCACAACCCAGUCCUCAAGUACCCCCUAACAGUCCAGAAUUUAGGAAGUACCCUGUUAUGUCUAAGGUGUUUUUAGAAAGGAAAAAAAAAAAAAAACACUUUAGACACAACAUGGUAAUCCCUAAAUCCUGGACUGCUAGGGGGUACUUGAGGACUGGGUUGGAAACCCCUGCACUAGAGGUAUGUUUAACUCUGCAAUGGAAUCAUUGCUAUUCCUACAAAACUGCAGUGUUUUACAUUGUAGGGUUAAAACCCAGGGCCGGUGCACCCAGACAAAGUGAUCUUGGUGCCUUUAGUGGUCCUUUAUGACUGGUUUAACAACUUACCUUGUUCCGUCUGGGCACCUACAGCUACAAUCCCAUUUCCAAAUUAUCCUGCAAGGAGAAUUCAGUUAGCUCCACUGAGCUACGUAGGCCCAGUCCUAUGGCUAUUUGUCAGGGUCCCUCUUGCAUUUUAGGGGAUUUCCCUAUAUUCUAGACUUGUCUGUAUUCAUAUUGGAUUAUAAAAAAUACCCUCUGUUUGUCAUGCACACGUAAGGUUCCUCUUAAAACCUUCGCAUUGGAGCAAAGCAGAAGUUACAUCAAAGACUUCAAAUUCAAGAUGGUUCUGAUAUUACAAUGUAUUUCCAAUUCUUUGUUCCUGUUAUGCUAUAUGGUUGCAGGAUCUCUGCACACUCAGCUAUUGCCUAAUGCUGUCCUUGCCAAGUCCUCUUCAAUGUAUAUAUUUAUAACAUUGACAUGCCUAAAAUUGUUGUCGAGUCCUUGUUCUCGUUUCCAAGUCUAGCUCAGGCUGGUUAUUUUCGGUUGUCUUUCUGUACAAUUUUUUCCGUCCUUUCUCUAGCUCAAGUCCUCCAUCGUGUCCUUGUUUCAGUGAAGUCAAAUACCCCUUCAUGUAUUUCUUAGUUUCAAAUCCACUACAUCCAUUCCUAACCCAGUGUCUUAGACACACUGACCAUCUGAAAAGAACCAGAAACGAAGGGCUCAGUGUGUGGAUGACAGUGGCUGUUAAAGUCAGAUUUGAUAGAUUCUGGUCUCGUACUCAUGUUAUAUUCUUCUCCACAUUCAAAUAUUUUUUUAUUUAUUUUUUAGUUUUGCUUUAAAAAAAAUGUUUAUAAACUUUCUGCGGCAUAACUCCACGCAUGCUUAAAGGACCACUAUAGUGCCAGGAAAACAUACUUGUUUUCCUGGCACUAUAGUGCCCUGAGGGUGCCCCCACCCUCAGAGUCUCACUCCUGCCCGGCUCUGGAAGGGGAAAAGGGGUAAAAACUUACCUUUUUCCAGCGCUGGGCGGGGAGCUCUCCUCCUCCGAUCCUCCUUCUCUCCUCCCCGUCGGCUGAAUGCGCACGCGCGGCAAAAGCUGUGCGCGCAUUCAGCCGGUCGCAUAGGAAAGCAUUAUCAAUGCUUUCCUAUUGACGCUGGCGUGCUCUCACUGUGAAAAUCACAGUGAGAAGCACGCAAGCGCCUCUAGUGGCUGUCAAUGAGACAGCCACUAGAGGAAUUGGGGGAAGGCUUAACCCAUUAAUAAACAUAGCAGUUUCUCUGAAACUGCUAUGUUUAUUAAAAAAUGGGUUAACCCUAGCUGGACCUGGCACCCAGACCACUUCAUUAAGCUGAAGUGGUCUGGGUGCCUAGAGUGGUCCUUUAAAGCAGAUUUGCCACCUCCGCCAAAAGAAAGGGAGGAAAAAAGUAUGUAAUAAAGAUAAAAUAUUUUGAAAUACUCACAUUGACUUUGUUGGAAUUUUACUGAAAUUCCAAACUAUUCUAAAGAUAUACUGAGACAAAGUGGGGACUAUUUUUUUAUUUUUUCUUAUGCUUGCAAAUAAGGUCAAGCUUUGUCAAGUCCUCAAACGUCACUCGUGACAGCUGAUAGGAAAAAGAUCCUGCAUAGACAUCCGUAAAUUCCUUAGUGGUUGGUGGUUGACUUAAUCCAGCAUGGAUAACUUGUAUAUAAUCAAGAGCCAUCACAGGAGGAGGGUAAGACUUUUGCUGCACGUACUGAAUGGUCACCACCAGGAGGUCUAUUUGACCUGUUUACGUGCCCGUGUAGCCACUGACCGUGGCUUUAUGUUUGGGAGUGCAAUUUAAUGUUUUGUGGUAUUUUAUGCUAUGUUCCAUUUGUAUGUUUUUAGGCGUUUAAAUCUUGAAGUAAUUAUUAGUACACCACACCAUUUUUCUGUUUGUUUUUUAUGAGACAACAGUAAAGUUUGCUUUUGGCAGGUGAAGCGUUUGAAUCUGAUGAGGAUCCCACAUGAGGAAAUGGCGUGAGGGACAGGUUCAAGUAAAGCAAGCCAAAGAGGGUCAGGUUGCACCCAACCCAGAAUGGAGCUAAAAUAUUAACAGUCAACAUAUAUAGGCUAUAAAAGUCUGAAUCUUUCAAAGUAUCUUUAUCUUAUUAGUAGUUAUUGUUCCUCAUAUGUAAAAAUGAGCAAAUUCUAGUGCAGUGUGUCAAAUAUAAAAUGGAAAUAUUUUGGGAUAUAAAAGGUUUCCCCUCACAUUUAAAAGAGCUUCAUACAAGCUCUAGUAUUAUCAGAGUAUAAUGAGAUAGGUCCCUGUUUUGGCCAAAAUUUCUGAGUGGUUCGGCAUGUGGGAUCUGAAAUAAACCUAUUGAAACAGACCUCUCUGAGGGUCUAGUACUCUGUGCACUAGAAGGAAACACACUCACAAGUUUAGAGCUUCUAACCAGCUCGAAGACAACAGCGUGUAACAUCAUAUUACCUGCUUCAGGAAUUAAAUUUAAAGGGCGCCUAUUAUUCCCCAUAAAACUUAUGCUCAUUAAAUGCAAAGGUGACAGAGCUCGACUAUUUUGGCCUAAUUGGUUUUUUAAAACCACAUAUCAGUUUCUCAUGGUUCCUGAUUCAGUGCAUGAUCGUGCUAAACGAUAUGCUACAUCGUUUUUCUUUUCUUAAAACCUAAUGCGUACGAUUCACUUUGUAAGGCAGCACAGCCUGAAUUAUUUAUAUCUUAAUUAUUAAAGCCCGUGUUUACCAGGACUCUAUCUGAUCCCAAUUGACUUGUGGUUUCGUUUUAUAGCUCUCUUCAUAUGAUUCCAGUGUUUGAGCUACAGAAAGGCUGAGGUUUAAAUCAUAUACUCGUCAUUUGUAACGGUAUGAUAUGCUGCGUUGUACGCUUCCCACUUUACCUCUUCUCAUAUUCUGUAUUCAGUGCAUAGGACGCAGCCAGCUUUAAACUAAUUUACAAUAAAGGAGGAAUCCUACAUACCUUGGGCGGUAAGAUAAGCUGUUGUUGGCAGUAAAGGGCACAGCAAGCUGGUAUAGAACGAGUCUCUGCCCUCCAGCGGUAUGAAUGUAGUCUCCCUGUAAUAUGUCGAAUUACUAUCCGGACCAUUUAUUUAGGGAUACCUAGUUAGAGAAAAUUCUUCUGACAUAGAGAAGAUUCUUCCGGAGAAAUACAGUCUCACCUUUUAUACUCCGCAGAUUGAGGUUUGUUGACACACUGUUGGGGUUAACUCCAACGUUCUAGUGACGUGAAACCAAAUGGCAAAUUAAGAUGUGAUAUAGUCAUCUUGGCUAUGUAAGCCUAAAUUUUGCAAGUUAAAUUUCUGUGUGUGUGUGUAAAUGGUAAAUACAACCUCAUAUGAACGACGACAUGUGUCAUGAUUUACUGGCUUUAUUUUUGUUAAAUCAUGAUACAUUGUAGGAUGUCACGUGUUGUUCAUCUGAGUUUGUAUUUACCUUAUUUUAAGACCUGCUAAGGAACAGAUGGUUGACUGUAUAUGUGUAAUGUGUAUAUAUAUAUAUACACACACGUAUAAUCUGGUUAAAUCUACAGAGCUCGGCAGGACUGUUUAAGACCGUGCUCUCUGCCAUUGCCAUUGAGUGCAGUCCUGGAUAGGCCUUGCAUUAUUCUACUGAGACAUCUGACUUUUCCUGCAGGACCUGGGAGACCCAGGUAAGUUGCCAGACCUUGCCAAAACUAUUUGAGUACUUAUUGUGGGAGGGCGCCAGAACAAUCCUAUUUCCAUAACUGCUAUAGCACUGCACUCUAGGGCUUAGAGCGUUCCUUUAAAAUGCGGAUGCUUUUAGAUUUCUUAAUUGAAGCAUGAAUUUUCAGGAAUUUUGAAAGAAACAUUUGAGUCCAAAAUGGUUUAAAAAACAGUUUGGCCUAGAAUUUGAAAUACACUAUAAAGUACAUUAGCCUUCCCAGCAGUUCACUUUCUGUGAAACAUUUGUGGUUAAAAAUAUCAGUUCUGGUUAUUAUCAUGUCCAUUUAAAAUGCAGCCAUACUUUGCUGCUCUGUAGGAAGCAUCUAUUAGGUGUCACUACUUAAAUGUGUUUUGUGGUUACAUUACACACUGCAGCUGCUUCCUUCAGAUAGAUACAGAGAUAUACAAUGUGCUGCCUCGUUUUUAUACUAAGUGUGGAUGGUAGGUUUCCUUCAAUAAUGUAAAUUAUUGAGAGGAUAUUGCUAUAUCAGAGCACAAAUUCAUCCUUUGGGUUAAUAGCUGCCAAAUCUUACAGGUUUCAUUUGUGCGGAGCGUACUUCCUCCUAGAAUGUUAAAGGGACACUGCAGUCACUAUAACGAUUUACUCUCUUUGAAUUGGUUAUAGUGUCUAGAGUCCCCUGGCACUGUCCCUCCAUUCAGUGUUAAACCAUGUUCGAGCAGUUUAACACUAAUUAAGAUUACACACUUCCUUGUAGACAUACCCAUUCAUACCGUCAGUUGGAGCUCUGAUAGGCUAAAAUCAGUCAGCGGACACACUCAGCCAAUCACAGCUGCCCAUUGCUGCUCAGGCUAAUACUUCCUCAUUAACCAAAGCAGCACAGAGGGGAUGGACUGCAAGGGAUUCACAUUUAGCAUUAAAACACAAAAACAUUAAGAACUGUUUAAUUGCUGAAUGAAAUUAUGGCACUAGUAAAAUCCAGACACUACAACAGGUUUAAUGAAAUGAAUCAGACACAGCGCCUGCAAUAUCCGUUUUAUUUGCUCAGAAAAUGACUAAAACUUCAAUUGGCUUAUGCACUGUCCCAUCUCCUUGUCUGCGUCUUCUACAAUAAAGUUUAUACAGGUCUGGAAACACAGCCCUGAAUUCACACUCGCCGUCACACUUUACAAAAAUGGCUGUGCAUUUACACUCCAUGACAUGCUUCACAAAUACAGCCCUGCAUUCACACUCGCUGACACGCUUCACAAAUACAGCCCCGCAUUCACACUCGCUGACACGCUUCACAAAUACAGCCCCGCAUUCACACUCGCUGACACGCUUCACAAAUACAGCCCCGCAUUUACACUCGCUGACACGCUUCACAAAUGCGGACACGCUUCACAAAUACAGCCCCGCAUUUACACUCGCUGACACGCUUCACAAAUACAGCUCCGCAUUUACACUCGCUGACAGGCUUCACAAAUACAGCCCCGCAUUCACACUCGCUGACACGCUUCACAAAUACAGCCCCGCAUUCACCACUCGCUGACACGCUUCACAAAUACAGCCCCGCAUUUACACUCGCUGACAGGCUUCACAAAUACAGCCCCGCAUUCACACUCGCUGACACGCUUCACAAAUACAGCCCCGCAUUCACCACUCGCUGACACGCUUCACAAAUACAGCCCCGCAUUCACCACUCGCUGACACGCUUCACAAAUACAGCCCCGCAUUUACACUCGCUGACACGCUUCACAAAUACAGCCCCGCAUUUACACUCGCUGACACGCUUCACAAAUACAGCCCCGCAUUCACACUCGCUGGCACGCUUCACAAAUACAGCCCCGCAUUCACACUCGCUGACACGCUUCACAAAUACAGCCCCGCAUUCACACUCGCUGGUAAGCUUCACAAAUACAGCCCCGCAUUCACACUCGCUGACACGCUUCACAAAUACAGCCCCGCAUUAAUACAUACAGUAUUCAGCGCAAUCUGGGGGUUUUUUGUGUUUUUUUUUUUUUGCUUCUUUUCAGUAAGGUGUUGGGGGUAUUCCUUACUUUCAGUGUUUGCAGCUUAAUUAACUGUUUAUAAUAAUUGAUCCCUUAGCGCUUAUCCUACCUAUUGUACUUGCUAGACCUUGCGUUCAUACCCACUAACCUAUCACAUCACCGAGAUCCUAUAAUUCAAAUAUUCCUCCAAACUUAAAAAAAAUAAAAAAAAAUAAUUCAAUUAGAAGGCUUUAGUUUUAGACGGAAAUAUUCAUUGUGCCUCAUCCAAAGUAUCACUGCAUUAAAUUUUGUUUCUAUCAAUAUACUAAAGUUUUAAUGCUAAUUUUAUUCUUAAAGUAUCAAGAUAUUCUGCAGCUUUGCAGAGCGAGUUAAGAGCUGUCAGAUGGUAGACAAUAUAUGUUACACCAUAGAUUAAGACAUUCUCGGUCCCUGGUGAGCCAGGAUUGAUUUCCGAUUCCUGGAUGCAUGCAUAAAUUAAAAGCACCAGUAAGUUGUAGUGUAAAAAUAUUUUAGUCACUGUUUAGAAAUGCGAAAAUGCACAUGCAUUUAAUGAUGCAUUAUCUUGAUUGUGGGUAUAUCUAAAAACAGCUUGAACGGACUUUGCAAACCCUCCCCUUCUAACCCCGCCCAGACUUUCUGUGGCUGUCCAAUCACAGACUUCCCAAUGCAGCUCAAUGAGAAGUCUUUGCAAGGCAGGUGCUCUGAGCAAUUGCUGCCACUUCAGUUUAGCUCCACUGAGCUAAACAAACCAGGAAGUAGCUGUCCACUUGAAAACCAAAGAGUGUAAUAGCAAACUAAAGUGCUUUAGAGGUCCUCAGUGUCCCUUUAAAGAAAUUCAAAGCCAUUUCAUUAAAAAAUACCAGCAUCUACCACUAAAGGAAAUGUCUAACUAUUAUUAUUAUUACUGGUAUUUAUAAAGUGCAAACAGAUUCCGCAGCGCUGUACAAUUAGUGGGGAACAUACAAUAUACACAGACAAAUACAAAAGGUAGAGAGGGCCCUGCCCGUAAGCUGAGAUCUAGCCAUUUAAGCUCUUUUAUACAAAGUGCAUAGCUAGAUAGCCCAUGAGCUUACAAUCUAAAGGAUACCAUGGGGAAUUGAGACAAGAUGUAGAAGGGGAAAUUUGGAAGUGAUGACUAAAUAAGUAAACAGAGAGUUGCAACUAUUGGUAGAGUAUAGAAGGAAUGAGGAGGUAAAUGAGUGAGAAUUUUAAACAGCUGGAGUUGCAUGCUAUAAAUUUAGGGGGAACCUGAGUGGGUUGAUUAGAAUUGUAGAGGCUUGCAGUAAAGAUGUAAUGGGAAAUGGGCCUAGGGAGGGAGCAGAGAUAAACCGUUAUAUCAAGGUAUUUACAGCUAGGAGUGACAAGCAUGCAAUAAAUGGAUACACUCAGUAACAUACCACAUACAUCAUGUACCAAGUAUAUUUCUCAGCAGUUCCACUUUUGUGUUAAAAAAACAAAAUCAAAAAAAGAAUUACAAAAGCUGCCUUUGUUUGUAGAGGUUUCUUAUUGGAGAAUGGUGGGUUAUGACCCUCGUUCAGACGGAAGACUUCUAUCAACAUCAGAAGUAGCCGCUGCGGGGUCUCUCUCUGGACUUGUCACGAGGGCACUGAUAAGCCCCCUGGAUGUCGUUAAAAUCCGCUUUCAGGUAUGUCACAUAAUGUCUCACGUUAUUCUUCCAUCUCCCGUACUUUGUAUUAAAAGAAUAGACUGCAUUGGCAAAAUAUUACAUUAUUAUAAUAAUAUACCUUAAAAUAUGCAUUUUGUUCUAAUUUUAAAGAUGACCCUAUAUUAUUUCUGGCGUGUUGGGAUUUUUCUCCUUCUAGUCUGCAUGAAUCGUUGCCAUAGACCAGUCUUAUUCUUUUCUUAGGACUGGUCUACCCUCGGAUCCUAUUCUAAUAUUUCCCUUUUCCUUAGUAACUUUUGCCUUCCAAUAUUCCUUUUUUCCCCAAAAAUUAUUAAUCGUAACGUGCAAUCUAUCCCCAAGACCAUCCUAUUUUUGUUAAUGGUUGAGAGCGUGCAAUACCGUGUUAAGGUAAAGGAUCAGAGAAGAUUUGACAUUCAUGACUUUCAUCCCAUCUCAGCUGCAAAUCGAAAGCUUCUCUGGGGAUGGCGUCCGGGGGAAAUACAGAGGAAUCCUCCAGGCAGCCGGGGUUAUUCUUCGAGAGGAAGGACUCAAGGGAUUCUGGAAAGGACACAUCCCGGCUCAACUCCUUUCUGUCUCCUAUGGAGCCGUGCAGGUGGGUGUCAGUUGAAACACUUGGGUGAAAUCCCUGCUAAUCACCUGCUAACUAGUUCCCCAAAUACUCAGUUGCACACAUCUGAAAUAAGCUUUCUAAGAAGUCACUCCUAUUUUUCGUUAUAAACUGCAUUUUUUUUUCCUCUUGUCUCAAUGCAUAUUGAAUCUUUAGCGACUUUAGAUCAGGGGUGCCCAAAAGGUAGAUCCCCAGAUGUUGUAGAACUACAACUCCCAUGAUUUGCAUCCUUUGGAAUGCUUUUAGAAUGGCAAAACAUUGCGGAAGCUGUAGUUUUAGAACGUCUGGGAAUCUUCCUAUUGGGUACCCCUGCUUUAGAUUGUAAGCUCAGGUGCCUAUGUACAUAGAACGUUCUAUAAAAAGGCUAUAUUUGUAUAAAACCAACGAGGAGGGUUCUCUGCUUAUUUUUUGUUUCACUGUGUCCAAUUAUAUAUCCUUCUGUCUUUAAAUCAAACCUAUGAGUUAUUUCUAUAAUUUUGUAAAGCACUGUAUUAGAACCGUUAAAUGCAGACAUCUUACCUGCUAGAUCCCACUAACCUCUGUUUCUUUCCCUCUUACAGUUUGUAAGCUUCGAAAUGUUGACUGAAUUUUGUCACACCUCCAUGUCUUUGGAUCCCCGUUCCUCAUCAGUACAUUUUCUUUGUGGGGGGCUAUCUGCCUGCUCAGCCACUCUGACUGUGCAGCCCCUGGACACGCUGAGGACUCGCUUCGCUGCUCAGGGGGAGCCCAAGGUGUGAGGCAGCGUGACAGCUGACUGUGCAUGAAAUGACAAACAAAGGAUUCAGAGUGUUGGUCUAUUUCAACACAACAGGUUUACUGCACUUCAACAGGCAGUGAAAGGUAGCCAAUUUCCUUUUGGUACCUUAAUAUUCUGGCAGCAAUGCCUUUUAAAAAAAAAAAAAAAAAAACUACAAUUAUACAAGUCUAUAAGCCUCUCAUAGGUUAAUAUUGCCACAAAAAAAAGGAGGAACCGCACACAAUACCUAGAAACCACAGGGUGCUUACUGAAAAAGGACCAGCAAAUCUGUAGCACAUGGUACAUCAAAGAAGGGGCUUCAGACACUUGCAGGGUUCAAAGAUUAUGCAAAUUUAUUGGAGCCAAAAACUCAACAAAGCAACGUUUCCACCUAAAUAAAUGCCUUUGUUUAUGUUGAAACGUUGCUUUGUUGCAUUUUUUAAAUCCAAUAUAUCUGCGUCAUCUUUGAACCCUAUGAGUGUCUGAUGCCCCUUCUUCAAUAUAUCACUAUUAAAAUGUGGAAAAAAAAUAGUUGUUUGAUCAGAGUGCAAGUAUAGGUUUUGUAUUUGACUGCUCGGUGUCACUUAAAACAAAAUAUUGAAUUGGACAUAACACAAAUAUCGCUGUGCAGAGAAAUUGAUAGUACCGUUUUUACCCGAAAAUAAGACUUCCCCCUCCCCCCCAAAAAGGGGGGGCGGAGCCCAAGCUUAUUUUCGGGAGAUGCUCGUAAUAUAAGCCCUUCCCCGAAAAUAAGCCCUAGUUAUUAGUCGCAAGUUUGCUAAUCUAUGUUCGGAAGUUUCCCCAAACAUAGAUUCGCAGGAUUCCAUGCACUAGUGAGCUGGUCAAUGUUCGGGGCAUUUCCCCCAAACGUAGACCUGCUUUCUGGGACAUGCUUGCUACCGUUUUUGGGUCUAAUAUUAAUUUUCCCCCCGGAAAAAAGGGCUUAUUUUCAGGGGGCAAUUAAUAUUAGACCCAGUCUUAAUUUCGGGGAAACACGGUAAAUGGAUACCUUUUAAAGAUUUAUCCUAUAUUUUCAGUGUACCAUCCACUCAAUUUUUUGGCUGCAAUUUCCUUGUUUCUUCAGUCUGUGUUGCAGGCAUUUUAAAAUGACUUGCCAGUGUAGCUUAAUCCAUUAACUUUGUUAUUCACUAACAUUUUGUGUUCUAGGUGUACCCGAACCUACGUCAGGCCGUCACCAUCAUGUAUAAGACAGAGGGACUCUUCACAUUUUACCGUGGCCUCUUCCCUACCCUCAUUGCUGUGUUUCCAUAUGCUGGCCUCCAGUUUUCUUUCUACAAUCUGCUGAAGAGGACUUGGCAGCUGGUGGCACCGUCGGACCAGACAAAUAAACGGGGAAUAGGUGAGGAUUUGUGAAUGGCAGGUGGUUUUAUUGCUGGCAUAGUGAUGUGAGAGAUUGAGCUGAAGCAUGAAAUUUGCAGGUUUAUUCACAAACGUGAAAAUUGUCAGAAAUGCAAAGUGGCAAAUGGAUUGAUAAAAUAAAAAAACACCAGUACAAUAAAGGCAGAGGCCCAACAUAAGUGGUAGUGAAGCUUCUAAAGGUACAUUGAAUUAAAAAAAAAAAAAAAAAAAUUAAUUAGAAACUUGUGUUUGUGAAGAUGUUUGCACACCCCCAGGAUCGACUGAUUUUUGCAGUGAUCAUUUCAAAGACCAGGAAGUGGCAUUGGUUAAUCUUGGUUAAUGAUGUUCUGUGUUUACAUGCUCCACACCUCAUAAAACCCAGCAAAGUAACAGUUUAUAGCAAUUUAUACAGAUCUCUCUUUCUAAUUAAAUUUAUAGUGCAUUACUCUUUCAAUUCUGACAAACUUCAGUUGUUGUUGUUGAACCUGUAACUCUGGAGGGAUAGAAGCGGUGUACUAAUAAAAUGUUACCUAUAUUUCCAAAUUGAAAAGUGAAGUGAGUUAUGUGCUUCAAUCUCCAAUAAAAAUGAGAUUGGGUCCAUUUCCCAUCUCUGUAUUUGGAGAGUUUGUGCCUUUUUCUACAUAUAUCAUUGUUGUCAGACCUAUUCUCUUAAAGGACCACUCUAGGCACCCAGACCACUUCAGCCUAAUGAAGUGGUCUGGGUGUCAGGUCCUUCUAGGGUUAACCCAUUUUUUAAUAAACAUAGCAGUUUCAGAGAAACUGCUAUGUUUAUGAAUGGGUUAAGCCUUCCCCCAAAGCCUCUAGUGGCUGUCUCAUUGACAGCCACUAGAGGCGCUUGCGUGCUUCUCACUGUGAUUUUCACAGUGAGAGCACACCAGCGUCCAUAGGAAAGCAUUGUAAAUGCUUUCCUAUGCGACCGGCUGAAUGCGCGCGCAGCUCUUGCCGCGCGUGCGCAUUCAGCCGACGGGGCGGAACGAAGGAGGAGAGAAGGAGGAGAGCUCUCCGCCCAGCGCUGGAAAAAGGUAAGUUUUUCCCCCUUUCCAGAGCCGGGCGGGAGGGGGUCCCUGAGGGUGGGGGCACCCUCAGGGCACUAUAGUGCCAGGAAAACGAGUAUGUUUUCCUGGCACUAUAGUGGUCCUUUAAAGUUGCGGGUAAACCUUAACUGUGACCUGUCACGAGCACAAAUAAACACAGCUGAGUCCGUGUUUUUUUUCAUAAUUUUUAUUAAUUAUUAUUUACAUUUGUUUUAGAAUUACUUUACAGUUAUGGACAUAUAUGUAGAGGUGAAGAAGGACCUGCUCAAACGUUUUUACAGUCUGUGAGAAUAAGUACAUUCUAGGCACCAUAACCAAUUAAUUACAUUGAAGUAGUUCUGCUGCCUGGAAUCCCCAAAUACCAUCCCACCCGUCAAUGUGAAAUUGUUCCUGAACAUUCUGACACUUUUUGUGAGGGUUCCAGGAGCCUGUGGCUUCACCUCCCCUUUGGAAGUUUUAUGCUUUUUUCGGAUUCCAUAUAUAGCUAAUGCACUGAUACACUCCUUGCCAUACCAUUGCAUACUAGACUGAGAGUGCGAAAGGUGACACUUUCUGUCUAUUACUGCUGCCUGUCGCAAUUCAGGCUAUUAAGGAGACAUUCUCCUGAGUGGCAGAGAGGGGCCUGGUUGCAGCGACCCUGCACCCUCAUUCAGUGUCAAACUGUUCUAAAACAUUUUAACAUGUAACCGGGACGGUGCCAGGGAGCUUCAGGGACCAUAAUCACUUUGAGAUGAUGUGGUUAUGGUGCCUAGAGUGCCCUUUGUUAACUGCUUUCUAAAUGUUAUUAAUUUUAAGACAUUGUUGUCUAAAUAUUAAGGUGACCUUGUUCUUUUGAUCUAGAUAACGUUGGGAAUCUGCUGUGUGGCAGUGGCGCUGGUGUGAUCAGUAAGUCAGUAACUUAUCCUCUUGAUCUCAUCAAGAAGAGGCUUCAAGUCGGCGGGUUUGAGCAGGCGAGGCAAGCCUUUGGGGAGGUGAGAUUGGUUUUGGAUAGAAAAGAAGUACUGUCAUUUCACAUGAAAGACCCACGACUGGUUAUUAAAGGAACACUCCAGGCACCAUAACCACUAUAUCAUUCUCUAAUAUUUGAAUAAAUGAUUCCCGCAUCGGAACCCUCUAUCUACAAAGAAUAAAGAUAUACUGGCAGGGGAGGUGCCACCCAACAGACAGACACCAAAGCUUUAACCUUGAGCCUGGGCUGAAUAGGGACUUAGUUGUUAUAGGAAGCUUUGUUGAAUUUCAGCGUGUGUUCCAAGCCUCAUUUCAAAGCCACACCGUCACAUGUAACUCUGUGCAGAGAUGUAUUCAAGCCUUGUUUUCAUGCUGCAACUUCAAAAUCAAAUGUCUUUUUGACAUUUUACUUAGGAUCGGCCUCUCACCAGUCACAUCCUCCAUUGUGAGCCAGAAACCCCUUUACAUAGCUACAGUUAGCUCUCCUGAGCCAAGGCCUGCAUCAGCUGAGUGUUUUUAGCCAAUGAGCUAGGCCCUGCACCAUUCUUAAUGCAGAGAACUUCCUUCUGUAAUCGAGGAGUUCACUAGUGCCCAGCAGACCCCAGGUGAGUUGUCAAACCGUUGGCAAACGGCACGUGGUAGUGGUUUUGGCAUUUGGAGUGUUCCUUUGAAAAAAGAUUUCCUAAGUAUCUCUGCUUCAAGAAAGUAACUUCUAUUGAUUUAAAUUCCAAAUAAAAACGUGUAGACACUGAUACUUAACAUUAAUCCCAUAUUGGGGAACAAGUCUGAUUAAAGGUUGUAAAGAUUAUUUUUAAAAUAAAUGACAUAUAUAUGAGUAUUGUGUAUGUAAGGAAGAGUGCAUGAACUAAUAACCUGAAGUAUAAAAGUCAAAAAAUAAAAAUAUAAUACACACAUAGUAGUUACACACAGAGGACACUGACACACACAUUUACACACAGAUUACACUGACAUACACACACACACACACAGUUACACACAGAUUACACUGACAUAAACACACACAUUUACACACAGAGGACACUGACACACACAUUUACACACAGAUUACACUGACAUACACACACAUUUACACACAGAGAACACUGACACACACAUUUACACACACACAGUUACCCACAGAUUACACUGACAUACACACACACACACACACAGUUACACACAGAGGACACUGACAAACAUAUACACACAGAGGACACUGACACACACAUUUACACACAGAGGACACUGACACACACAUUUACACACAGAGGACACUGACACACACAUUUACACACAGAGGACACUGACACACACAUUUACACACAGAGGACACUGACACACACAUUUACACAAAGAGAACACUGACACACACACACACAUUUACACACAGAUUACACUGACCUACACACUUAACACAAAGGACACUGACACACACAUUUACACACAGAGGACACUUGCACACACAUUUAUUUACAUACAGAGAACACUGACACACACACAAAGGACACUGACACAUACUCUCACUGAUUUAACACACACACACUCUCACAAAGUAUUGUUUUUAUUUAAGUCCACUCAGCAUCCCUACCUUUGGGAGAGCUAGAGUGGAUCUUUUCCCUGGUGUCCAGUGGGGAUCCUAUCCCUGGAUUUAGUGUGGCUGCUGUCAUAUUCCUGCUCUUUCAGCAAUGCUCCUUUGCGCACGGUUUAGUGAUGAUGUGUCUGGGAUGAAGUCAUAACCUGGCUUGAGGGAGCAGAGCUGAAGAGCACAGACAUCUACGCUACCUCACCACCCACCUUCAUUCUCCCCUGCAGAUACAGCACAUUCGGGCAGAGUAGGCACCUGCGGUCAAAGUGAUCAGAUGCCUACUAUGCCUUAGUGCACAGCCAGCUGCACCUUGAUGGGUCCUAAGGUGGCCAGCAGCCCAGUGUCUGGCAUACCCACUGCUUGUGGUGUGUGUACCCCCUGGGGUAUGUGUACCACAUGUUGAGAACCUGUGCAAUAAGUAAUGUGAUGAAAAUGGGUGUUAAAUGGUUUGGAUAUCCUUUAACUAUUUAGUGUAUCCUUUACAAAAUUUAAAAUCUAAAUGAGGUAUAAUAUAAUGAGCUUAAUAUGUGACUAAAUGUAGAAACCUAUUAUAUAGCCCAGUGCGCAGACUCCUGUAGUUUUUUGUUUUUCCCUUUAGGUCCGAACAUACCACGGACUUACAGACUGUUUGCGCCGUAUGAGACGGGAGGAAGGUCUACGAGGUUUUUUUAAAGGUCUGUCUCCCAGUUUACUGAAAGCUGCAGUGUCCACUGGACUUACUUUCUUCUCCUAUGAGAUGUUCUGCAGUCUGUUUCUGAACAUGAAGAGAGUCGCAGAAAAUCACACAGAACAGCACAAACAAAUUCACAUCAAUAGAUCUUCAACAACGCAGAAAUAGCACGUACGGGGACAGAAAAUUGUACUGGAUACUACAACUCUGCCAGUCAACCAUUUCAUCUGACAUUUCAUAUAACACAAAGAUUAAAACAUAGCUGUCAGGUAGGCCAUAUUUUUCCAGAUUGCCAUGCGAUCUGCAAGCUGUUGGGAAGAGCACUUUAAUGAGAGCUUGACUGCACUCAAAUGACUCCACCGGACUCCAAAGAAGUGCUCCUAUAUUUAGAAAAAAUUUUAGGUACAAGGCAGCUGGUGUCCACUAAAGUAUGGACCUGAAAAAUACAAAAUAAGUCCAUACAAGAGGGUGAAACAGAAAAAGGGACAAAUAAAAUUGAAGUAGAAAGAAAAAAAAUAGGAAAUAAGGUCUAGUGAUUGUGUAUUUACCAACCAAAAGGGCCUAACCCAAAUAAUUUUUCCUCAAGGGAACCAAAAAUGUUGGAAUUACCCUUACAAAAAUAGAGCAUAUAAAGGAUAUUUAAUCAGGGAAUUCAGGAUUUUUGGUUCCCUCUGGGAUCAAUUCUUUGAUCAAAUAAAGUUUAAGGCACACGUUGGACGCAUUUCACGUCUAUAUCGAUGCUUUCUCAGCAGCUCUUGGGGUGGUAUGUAGAUAGUAUUCACAUACUGCCAGAAGAAAAUUAUAUAUAUAUUAGAAAGGACCGCACUCCGAGGUCUUUAUGAUUAGUUUUCAAAUAAAAUUUAACUUUUUAUUUAAUCCAUAUAAAAGUCAACGUUUCAGCCCUCACAUGGAGCUUUCAUCAUGACGCUCCAUGUGGGGCUGAAACAUUGACUUUUAUAUGGAUUAAAUAAAAGCUGCAUUUUAUUUGAAAACUAUCACAAAGACCUUGGAGUGCGGUCCUUUCUACUAGAUUUAUAUGAUUUUGCUAGACCUGCACCGGGCGUUAAGAAUUUAACCAGGAGUGCAAGCACUUGUUGUUAUAUAUAGACAGACUGAAUCCCAGUGAAACUGUAGUGAUUGCCUCUGACAGCAUGUGAGUUCUACAUGCUGUGAAACAGCACUAUUCAUGUAUUUCCUGCGAGCAUAGCGGUGUAUGGAAAAAACGUGUUUGGGAUGACAGCUCUGGAUUAAAAUUUCUUGAUGCCUUGUGCACAUUACAGAUGCUAGGGACAUGAUAAGCACUUAUUUUGAUUAUAUUCGGUCAUGUAAUGUGUCCUUGUUUUAAAAGACACAUAAUUCAUGCACCUGUAUUUAUCUGUAAUACAUUUUUUAAACACAUGGAUAGACUGUAUUGGAGAGGUUAUAAAACUACUGUUGGAUAUUUUUAAAUACAAGAAUUUGAUAGAUAGAAUGUUGGUUUGAAUUGUCUUGUGUUUGACGUCUUAUUAUUACACGUACACUGAAUAAAGCUUCUGAUUGAUUGAAUUCAUGUCAGAAUGCCAUUAUAGCACUAGAUUAUAUUUAUAGUCAUAUAGGAUCUCUAUAUAAAUCUAUUUUAGUAAGGAGAUUAUUUAGAUCAAUUAGCCCCAGAUGUAUAUAUGCAUUCUAGUACAAAAGUAAAAACGUUAUACUGCUUUGAAAGUAAGUUGGAACAGAAGUAGAUAUUGAAAGGCACCAGAAUGGAGAGGAAGUUGAAUACAAGCAGCUUAGAAGAAUUUCUGAACUGUCUAAUUGACAAAAAUGAUGAUGUUCUCAACACUAGAUGCUGUGUAAUUUGUAGCAAUGGGUAUUGUAUUUAUUCUUCAGUACUGUGUUUUCCAUUUGAAAACUAUAUAGAAAAAAAAUAAACAUUUCAUACUUUUGUAUAAUAUUCUGAA